ACUUUUACCUUUUAAUCCGUGUCAUAAACUUUAACGUAAUUCUUCAAUGAUAGUAUAAAACUUUAUGUACGGUUUUAGUGAUAAUUAAAUAUUGUACAUAAUAAUGUACAACAUUGUAUGGCAGUUAAAAAUAUGAUAAAAAUAAUAACGAGGGAACGAAGUCCGAAAAAAAAUGGAAGACGACCAGCAAUUCUGCCUUAGAUGGAAUAAUCACCAGAGUACAUUAAUUCAAAACUUCGACACGCUUCUCGAAAGCGGGACGCUUGUCGACUGCACGCUGGCCGCGGAGGGGAAAUACUUGAAAGCGCAUAAAGUAGUGCUAUCUGCUUGCAGCCCCUAUUUCGAGGGAUUGCUGAGUGAGCAUUACGACAAACACCCGGUGUUCAUUCUAAAAGAUGUAAAAUUCAAAGAAUUAAAAGCAAUGAUGGACUAUAUGUACAGAGGGGAAGUAAAUAUUUCCCAAGACCAACUGGCAGCACUUCUUAAAGCCGCUGAAUCAUUGCAAAUUAAGGGUCUAUCAGAAAGUAGAACAAGUGGUAGUAGUAAAACGGACUUUAGGCAACAAAAAGUAGUUCCACAAACAACAUCUCAAAUGGACAUUCCACAAUCGUCUUCCGGUCUCACGAUAGAAAAGAACAAAGUUCCUAGGCAGGGUAUGGCACAAGGUUCCGUAGGGGACCUGCCCGAAGACUCGGCCAGUCCCCAAAUACCUAAGGGUCUCUCCUCGAGGGAAGGUUCUCAAAGUCCCACUUCGAGGAAAAGAAAAAAAUUUAGACGAAAAAGUAUAGGCGAUGAUAAUUCUAUAGAAAACCACGAAGCGUCGAAUUCAAGCGAUAUGCCUCAACAAAUGAGUGUUCCUGCGCUUGGAAUUGCACCCGUGGCAGAUGAAAAAGUACACGCAGACCCUACAGAUUCCAUUGGCAGGUCAGCCUUAAUGACGCAGCUGACGAAACCUGCCGAUGAAAUGCUGCAGUUGCCCUUGGAGAAACCUGAGCCAAAUGAUAAUCUCAUCGAGCCAAAGUCUGAAUAUCUAGAAGAUCAAGAAGAAAGCGUUGAAGAUCUGACGCUGGAUGACGAUAUGAACGAUCUGAACGAGAUGGAACAGGAUAACAAUAGAGCCGGACCGUCCCACGACCCCUCCCAACAUCCUGCAGGUAUAGGUGCAUGGCACGUUACCGGCGAUCGAAGUAAUGCGGGAGGAGUCGUGGGCUCGGUGGCAGGAGCUCCGGGAACGACAGACGAAGUCUUUCUUGCAGCCCAGGAGGCCGCACAGGCCCACCGCGACUCUCAAGGAAACGCGUCGAGGAAAAAGAGAACGAGAUUCGAGGCGGAGCAGCUCGAGAGGAUACUGUACGCGUUGAACAAAAAUGAGGAGAUAAGCAUCCGCCCGAUCGCAAGAGUGGUGCGCAAGGUGAAUAAUCAUGAAAAGAUGACGAGCUCGAGCCUAUUCGAUCGCGAGAAAAAUUCGAUCGAACGACGAAUCGACGAGAACGAAUCUCGCGGAAACUUAAACGAUGAAAGCGCGAGCAACAAAGAAAGUAUCGAAAGUUUUUCGAGCGGAGAAAACGGUUGGAAGGAGGGAGGCGCGAAGGAAGAAAGAAAUAAAGAUACGAGCGAAGAAAUGAGCGAUAAAAUAUCGAUUAAAUGGGCAGAGAGCGAGCGAGAAAUGGAGAUAUCUUGCAUCCGAUUGGAUAGCAGUCCCCCUCCUAAAUUAAACAAGUUAAACAAAAAAUUAUACGAUCAAGGAUGGAACGAGAGAGGGGGAAAGUUGGCUGUGGCCAAGGAGAAGAGGAGCGUACGAGGAGGAAAGGGCAAAGGGAGGAAAGAUUUGCGCGGGCAAAGCGAAAGUUCGUCCAAACUCGAGAAUUCGCGCGAGCGGGUGGAAAAGUGGCGCGAGCGCGAGGAGAACUGCGAGGAGAGAGUGAGCUCGGAGAGGAGAGUGGGGCAGAGGAGGGGAAACUCGCGAGAACGAGUUUUUAACAAGAGUUGGCGGGGCGAAAGUUGGAAGCAAAGGAAAGAAGAUCAGAGGAAGGAGGAGGGGGGUUCGUUCGUAAGGAAUAGAAACGAAGUGGGGGAAAAGGAAGAGAUGGCCGGGCCGAGCAACGAGGAUAACAGGAUGCGAAGGGAUUCGAUCAGCAGCACCGCCUCAACCGUCACCGAGUGGAUGGAUGCGGUGGAUCUUAACAAAUACAGGACGACUUACUCUUGCAAAUUGUGCAAGAAAACGUUUCUUCGCGCCACCAAUUUGUCAUCGCACAUGAAGAGGAAUUGCCUGAAGAAUCCGGAGGCGAAGUGUAACAAGCGUUCGGUGAACAGCAGCUCGCAUGUUUGCAAAACGUGCGGCCAUUGUUUCAAGGAGAGGAAAAGUUUGACCCAUCACAUACGAAACGAGUGCGGGAGGAUAAGCAUGUGCGAGUUUUGCAACAGGAUUUUCAAAGCUGCUAAAGUACCGUAUCGCCAUUACGGGAUUUGUAAGAACAAGCAAACAAGGAAAAACAAUGCGACGCCUGUGUCGUACGUGAGACGAUUCGGGCAGAGGAGCAAUGAUGAAAGUGAUUGCACUAUAUCCGAGUGCAGCAGUCCCUCUUUGAACAUUACGGAUGAAGUGGCAUCCGACACCGAAUAAAUUAUUUCGUAAAAAAAAAAAAGUGUUCUUUUUUUAUAUUGUCGUAUUUUUAAUUCUUUAUAUUUUCUUAUAUUUUUGAUUUUUUUUUUUUUGCACCGAAUUCAUGCAAGAAUAUUUAUUAAUACUGUGUUCAUUCUUCAAUUAUGUAAGUAUUUUAGAAACAGAAAUGAUAUAAUACGGUUAAUUUACAUUAUUCAGUAUUAUUAGCACCGGUAAUAAAUUCAGUCUAUCGAUUCGGUUUACUUGAACGUGCAAUGGAAAAUUUUGUUUUUUUUUAUCAUUUUUUUUUUUAUAUAUCUCAUUUAUUUGCCAUUGAGUAAACUACUUAAACAGGCAACCUCGUACGUUUCUGUUACUAUUAUUAUUAUUAAUAUUAUAGAAAAAAAUUAUUUAUUUUUCGUUUGAUAAAAGAUAUUUCCAUUUCGUUUUAACUUGUAACAAAAGUGUAGUACUCGAUAAAUAUUCCGAUAAUGAUCAACAACCGUAUUCUAUCUAUGAUGUUAAAGAUUAUUUAAAUUAUCAUUGUAACGACAAAACAAAAAUGUAUCAUUAUUUAUGAUACAUGUUUCGAGAUAUACAAAUCAAUUUAUUGAACAUCGAUUCUCUUUUAGAUUUUAAGUAUACAUUAUAAAUAUAAUGUGAUAUCGUGCGAAUCAGAUUGCCAUAUUUAUAUUUUAUAGAAUUAGCGAUGCGAAUUCCUAUAUGUAAAAGCAUUACAAAUAAAUCAAAGUUAUCAAACUCGCGCACAUUCAUCCUAUCGUCAUAAUUCUGAAAAAAAAAUCAAUACAGAAUUACGUUGAAAAAUAAUAUAUAUGUACGAAAAUUCUUUAGAAGGAUCGAUUGUCACAGGCAUUUUUAAGAAACGUGUUCGUCACAUUCUCG